AGAGAAAGAACUUUCACAGCGACCGGACUAGGUGAUGGGUCCCUCCCCGGGCACCCGCGGAAAGGCGGCGCGAUCAUCCAAUUUAAAAUAGUUUUCUGGAACUGCAGAAAUGAUUGGUCCUAACUCCAAAUGGGAAUUUGCAUUCAUUCUGAAAUACAACCUGGAGUAAUUGUGUUCGACUGAAACCAAGUCUUAUGACGUCUCCAAGGAUGAGAGUCUAUGCUAAGUCAGUGUUGCUGUCGCACUGGCUCUUUCUGGCCUACAUGUUAAUGGUGUGCUGUAAGCUGAUGUCUGCCUCGAGCCAACACCUCCGGGGACACACAGGUCACCACCAAAUCAAGCAAGGGACAUGUGAGGUGGUCGCUGUGCACAGGUGCUGUAACAAGAACCGCAUAGAAGAGCGAUCACAGACGGUCAAGUGUUCCUGCUUCCCGGGACAGGUGGCCGGCACGACUCGGGCUCAGCCUUCUUGUGUUGAAGCCUCCAUUGUGAUUCAGAAAUGGUGGUGUCACAUGAAUCCUUGUUUGGAAGGAGAGGAUUGUAAAGUGUUGCCAGAUUACUCAGGUUGGUCCUGUAGCAGUGGCAAUAAAGUCAAAACUACAAAGGUGACACGGUAGCAGAGAGAGAGAGAGAGAGAGGUGUGCUUCAGUUCUGGAGGAGCGACAGGAUGAACAGCUCCCUUGUUUGGAUUAUUCUCCUGGCCAAGAUGUGAGAAAUGGUCUUGAAUUUCAGCAACAUCACAUUUGCGUAUGCGUGCUGUGAGGAGUGACAUUCACUUAAUUGCCCUCUCUGCUUCAUGAUUUUAUUACAUUGAAUUAUAGCCACAGGCUGCCAAAUUGAUAUCCUAUCUGGAUUCCCCAGGAACAUACCUCUAAAACCCUGGAAGAACAAACUAGACACUUUAAAAUGGAUUGCCACUCAAGAAGUAUUUCAUCUUCAGUUUCUUUUUGCCUUUACCAAGGAAUAUGGACAGAUGUUUCACAGGGUCCUCAUUCUGUUCCUCUUCUGAAGAUUUUCAUUAGUCAUUGCAUUAGAAUGGUUUGAGGUGAGUCUAAAUAACAAAACAUUUUGGCAAAACAUAGUUGCAGAUGUAGAUUAAUGAGCUGUCAUUAAAUGAUGAAGACAAUUUUAUAAACCUUGAAGGCUUAUAAAAGGACUUUCUGGGGUUAUUGUGUGUGCAUUUGUAUCUUUGCUUCUGAGGGUUUAAAAUUUUAAGUUUACUGUCAGGUUAGCAAACAUCAAAUGGAAGCAUUUUAACUUAAGUGCUCUCUUUCAACAGAGUGUUUAUGAAAACGUAUCAACUGCAGUAUUUUAUAACCAAAGCUCAAUCAUGACAUGUUCACAAACAAAUAAAAUCUUUGGAAGUCUUGUGGAUUCUGUGUAAUCUUAUAGAUAAAUCAUUUAAAAUAUCAAAUGAUCAAGGGUGAUACCUUUU